UUCUUGGCUCAGGCCGGCUGUCUCUGACUCUGCUUCCUGCAACCCUAAUCAAUCUUUUCCUGCUUAUAAAUACCCACUCACUCUUAUUCACUCUGACCACGAAACAAAUACCAACAUGGCAGCUCCUCAGAAAUUCUUCUCCUCUUUUCUCUUCUUCGUUUUUUUCUUCGUGCACGAAAUAGCAGCAGAUUAUGGAGGCUGGGAAAAUGCUCAUGCUACUUUCUAUGGCGGCGGUGAUGCGUCUGGGACAAUGGGAGGAGCAUGUGGGUAUGGGAAUUUAUACAGCCAAGGGUACGGAACCAACACCGCAGCACUGAGCACUGCCCUUUUCAACAAUGGCUUGAGCUGUGGUUCUUGCUACGAAAUGCGAUGCAACGAUGACCCAAGAUGGUGUCUUCCCGGGACCAUCACUGUCACUGCUACCAACUUCUGUCCGCCAAACUUUGCUCUGUCUAACGACAAUGGCGGGUGGUGCAAUCCUCCUCUCCAGCACUUUGACUUGGCCGAGCCUGCUUUCUUGCAGAUUGCACAGUACAGAGCUGGGAUCGUCCCUGUCGCUUUUAGAAGGGUGCCUUGUAUGAAGAAAGGAGGGAUAAGAUUCACCAUUAAUGGACACUCUUACUUCAACCUGGUGCUGAUCACCAACGUCGGCGGAGCAGGAGAUGUUCAUGCAGUGUCGAUCAAAGGGUCGAAAACAGGGUGGCAACCCAUGUCGAGGAACUGGGGCCAGAAUUGGCAGAGCAACUCUUACCUUAAUGGCCAGAGCUUGUCGUUUCAAGUCACAGCCAGUGACGGUAGAACUCUCACAAGCUACGACGUGGUGCCUGGU